CUGAUCACGAGUCAUUCCAGCCGAAAGAAUGAAACCAGGCGUGGUGUGUGGAAUAUUCUACAUUUGUUCGUUGUGUUGACGAAAUCCUUCUGAAAAUAGUCAUCGGUAGUCAUGCGGUUGUUAUUCUUCACUUCCCUCUAGCCCUUUUCUAUACCAAUGUCACGAUGUUUCAUUAACGAAACGCAUUUCUUUUAAAUUGUUUAAUGUUGAGUAAGCAAUGCCUGAAACGAAAGUAAGUUUAUAAGUAUCGAUUCGCUCUUACCACCUGCCCAUCCGUUGUGGCCCAUCCCUUAUGACCACCUGAAUAAACUAUUAUUUACGAGUCACUAUAAUAUAAAAGGGUACUUCAUUCGACGGCAGACAGGAUGAUUUGAGAAACUAUUUAGGAUUUUGACAGCUUCGACGUCGUUAUGCAGUCCUCUUUGGGUAUGGGAGCAGUGUCUGGUGAUACCGUAAUAUUCUUUGAUUUGGAGACUACCGGAUUAGACACAUCCAUGUGUGACAUCAUCCAGCUGUCGGCCAUCAGCGGGGAGAGGGCAUUCAACGUGUACGCUGUUCCCCGUUGCACCAUGACGGACGAGGCCUCCAGGGUCACAGGGUUCACCGUCAGGGACCACCGGACCCUGCUCCUACACGGUCGACGGGUGGACACCAUCCCCCUCAGGGAGGUCCUCACCUCCUUCAUCUCCUUCCUCCGCUCCUUCCAUAAGCCUCUGCUGGCGGCCCACAAUGCCCGGCGCUUCGACUGCCCCGUGCUGGCCAGGGCUCUGAGGGAAUGCUCCCUGACGGACGAGUUCCAGGAAGUAGUGUCUGGUUUCCUAGAUACUUUCAGGAUUAGUAAGGUGAUGUUUCCAUUCAAACUGGGCAAGUACUCUCAGGAGUACAUGGUGAAGGAGUUCCUCAAUAAGACGUACGAUGCUCACAAUGCCUUGGAGGAUGUCAAGGCCCUGCAGGAGCUCUAUCAAAAAUGGAGUCCCAGCCAGAAACUGGUGCGCCGUCUCACAUUCCCCCUGUAACAUGCCUCUAACCCAAACACUAGACAAGUUUUCUAGUCGAGGGAAGCAUCUGUAAAAAAAAUAUAUAUAUAUAUAAACUAAUAUUUUAUUACACAUGCAGGUUUUUUCAGUGUUUUCACACUGUAUUUCCACAGUUACUUGUUUCUAGUCGAGGGAAGCAUCUGUAAAAAAAAAAUAUAUAUAUAUAAACUAAUAUUUUAUUACACAUGCAGGUUUUUUCAGUGUUUUCACACUGUAUUUCCACAGUUACUUGUUUCUAGUCGAGGGAAGCAUCUGUAAAAAAACUAUACAUAUAAUAAUACUUUAUUACACUCAGAUUAUUUGUGUGCUCUGGUCUUUCCUGUGCAUAUAGAACUUUUGUGGAUGAUCUUGUCCACAGUAUAAAAAUAAGAAAAUGUAACUAAGUAUUGUCAUGCACAAUUUUUAGCAAACAAUAAUCAUGUGGUUGUGUGUGUAAAAAAAAAAAAAAAAAAAAAGUUUUUUAACAUGCUUUAUGAAAUUGUUAUUUGAAAAUUGUUAUUAAUUAAAGUCUGAAACAGGUUUAGGA